GUGUGUUUUUGGCAGAUCAGCUCCUCCCACACUGCAAUUCAUUACCAGUGAAGCUCCUCCCACAUCAACUCACCAAUAAAUGCUGGAAUAUUCCCAUCAGAUGAGCAUCAGAGCAUCAGGAAGAGCUGAAAUCUGCAAAGACUGAGUUUAUUAAAGAGGACAGUGAGAACAUGAGUGAUCCAGAACCCUGCAGAAUGAAACACACUGAAGAUACUGAAGAACAAAGAGACGUGAUGGAAGAGAGUGAGGAGAGUGAAGAACUGACUGAAGUGGAGGAGAAACAUGUCAAACCUGGAGAAAAACCUUUGAGUCGCUCAAAGACUAAAAAGACAUUUUUAAAGAAAAGAAGAGCCAAGAAAUCUACAACCUGCACUCAGUGUGGAAAGAGUUUCACAAACAAACAAAAUCUUAAUCAACAUAUGAAAAUCCACACUGGAGAAAAGCUGUUUACAUGUGAUCAAUGUGAAAAGAGUUUCCUACGUAAAUAUAGUCUUGAGAUUCACAUGAGAGUUCACACUGGAGAGAAGCUGUUCACAUGUGAUCAGUGCGGCAAAACAUUUCUUACCUCAUCAAACCUGAAGGCACAUCUGAUGGUUCAUACGAAGGAGAAGCCACAUUCAUGUUCUGUGUGUGGAAAGAGUUUUUCACAGCGGAAACAUUUACAGAGACAUGAGAAAAUUCACACUGGUGUGAGAGAUUAUAUGUGCUUUGAGUGUGAGAAAACUUUUACUUCAGCAAACUGCUUAAAAGAGCACCAGAGGAUUCACACUGGAGAAAAACCUUACAAGUGUUUACACUGUGACAAGAGAUUCAGUCUGUCAUCAAAUCUGAAAACACAUGAGAGGAUCCACACUGGAGAAAAACCUUACAAGUGUUCACACUGUGACAAGAGUUUCAGUCAUUCAUCAUCUCUGAAAAGACACGAGAGGAUCCACAGCAGAGAGAAGCCGCACACGUGUGAUCAGUGCGGAAAGAGUUUCACUAUUAAAAGUGACCUGAAGAUACACAUGAAGAUCCAUGCAGUGGAGAAACCACAUCAGUGCACAUUCAUUCAUUCAUUCAUCAUGACACAAAAUGUGGACCAAUAAGAUAUAAACUUUGAGCUGCUGCAGAGACAUGUCUGAGAGCAUUUGAUGACACCAGUGAAACCAGCAUUAAAGAUUGAAAUUACUUCAAAUCAAACAUCAGCAUUUCAUGAACACUUUGAACUAAGAGUAAACCAUGAUUAACAAGUUGUUUGUGAGAAACAGUCCUUCAAAAGUCACACUUUAGCCAUGUGACACAUUUACAGCUUUAAAAUGCCUAAUAAAUCAUAUUUCACCCAAGUGUUUUCAACCCAAAUUUCUCUUGAAGCCAAUACGGAAGUGACGUAAACUGCAGUUCAUCGACUGGCCGCUAGAGACAGGCUCCAAAAGAGAACAGAAUCUCAUUGAGUCCCAUGUUAAAAUGCCCAACUUUACAGCAGACAAAAAACAUGUUUACAGCCUGGUACAAAUUGUGGUUUUGGUCUAUACUGCUAAAUUUGCCCUUAAUGACAACUCUGAGGGGGGUGAAUGUUUUUUAUAACAACACAAAUUACAAUUACCGGUGCUGGAGCAUCUAUAUUGUAAAAAAGACACCGUAGAAAUUUCAAAUAAUGUAACUUAUCUUUAUUAAUAUAUUACAUAGUAAAUAAAAUAGAUAGAUAUCGAAUUGAAUUGACAUUAAAUGACAUCGAUCACUGAAUGAAGUUACCGCAGCGCCUUCUCUUCCCUCAUUCAGUUUCAGCGUCGAGUCUUCUGAGGUGAGGUGAGCAAUUCAUGAGCAAUAUUAGUGAGGUUACAUCAAUAAAGAGAAAAAUAGUUCAGUCAUUUUCAUAUGCAAAAAGGUGUAUUAUACCAACACCCUUAUUAUUCAGUAAAGAGAGAGAGAUCUCAUUCGUUUUCACUUGCUAAUUUUUUG